AUGAGGUGUCUUGUGUUGCUCCUUGUCGCCCUUGCUCUGUCCCACAGCAGUGGGUUCAUCAGUGUCCCUCUGCAGAAAGCAAAGUCGCUGAGGAAGACCCUGAAGGAGCAUGGGCUCCUGGAGGACUUCCUGAGCAAGUACCAGCAUGAGAUUGGCCGGAAGUACUCCAACUUUGGGAAGGUGGCCAGCGAGCCCCUGACCAACUACUUAGACUGUCAGUACUUUGGGAAGAUUUCCAUCGGGACCCCACCCCAGGAAUUCACUGUGGUGUUUGACACGGGCUCCUCUGACCUCUGGGUACCCUCUGUUGACUGCAACAGCGAUGCCUGCCAAAACCAUCACCGCUUUGACCCAUCCAAAUCCUCCACCUUCCAGAACAUGGACAAGUCUCUGUCCAUCCAGUAUGGCACGGGCAGCAUGGAGGGCUUUCUGGGCUACGACACUGUCACCGUCUCCAGCAUUGUAGACCUCCACCAGACUGUGGGCCUGAGCACCCAGGAACCCGGUGACUUCUUCACCUACUCCAAUUUUGACGGCAUCUUGGGGCUGGCCUAUCCUUCCCUCGCCUGCGAGUACUCAGUGCCCGUAUUUGACAACAUGAUGCAACAGCACCUGGUGGCCCAAGACCUGUUCUCGGUCUACAUGAGCAGGAAUGACCAGGGGAGCAUGCUCACGCUGGGGGCCAUCGACCCGUCCUACUACAUGGGCUCCCUGCACUGGGUGCCCGUGACCGUGCAGGAAUACUGGCAGUUCACCGUGGACAGUGUCACCGUCGAUGGUGUCGUGGUGGCCUGUGAUGGCGGCUGUCAGGCCAUCCUGGACACGGGCACGUCCCUGCUGGUUGGGCCCAGCAGUGACAUUUUCAACAUCCAGCAGGUCAUUGGAGCCACACAGGGCCAGUAUGGUGAGUUUGACAUCGACUGCGGGAAGCUGAGCAGUAUGCCCACAGUUGUCUUCGAGAUCAACGGCAGGAAGUACCCACUGCCACCCUCCGCCUACACCAGCCAGGACCAAGGCUUCUGCACCAGCGGUUUCCAGGGUGACAAUGAUUCCCAGCAGUGGAUCCUGGGGGAUGUCUUCAUCCGGGAGUACUACAGCGUCUUCGACAGGGCCAAUAACCGCGUGGGGCUGGCCAAGGCUGUCUGA